UCCCCCUGAAGGGCAAAAUAGAGAUUGAACCCAUUAUCAGGGUUACACAGCACAGCUAUAGCAAAGAUUGAAAAAGAAAUUUCCAGUCGCUGAUUUGUUCAUUUUUCGCUUUACAUUGAAAUCGAAAUCGAUAUCGCAUCCUCCUCAGCCUCUCUUCUCAGAGUAAUUGGAAAUGGCGGGUCACAAGAUUGCUCAUGCAACCCUGAAAGGACCCAGCGUUGUGAAGGAGCUGUGUAUUGGUAUGGUUCUUGCUUUGGCUGCUGGUAGUCUCUGGAAAAUGCACCACUGGAAUGAGCAGAGAAAAGUCAGAACUUUUUAUGACCUGCUUGAUAAAGGUGAGAUCAGUGUUGUGGCACAGGAAGAAUAAGUUGUCUGCUUGUUUUUGUCAUGCUCAGUCUGUUUUUUAUGUUCCAUUAGAUGUGAAUGAGCUGCUGCUUCGCUUAGUUUGAUAUUUUUGAUGUAAUAAAUUUCUUGUACCGAGUAGAAUUUGAUGAAUUUCAGUCUUCAAAUGACAUCAAAUAUUGUUUGGUUUUGGAUUUAAACCGAAACCAGGAACUUAUGUUUUAUAUUCCUCUUUGGGUUACAAGUUAUUUUCUGCAAUUUUAAAUGUGUUGAACUUUGAUAAUUUGUUCUAAUAUGAAUGAUAAACAACCUUGUGUUAAA